AUGUCUUUACGUGCAGGCACGAUCACUUUAUUACAUACAGCUUGUGGUGCAGGGAUUUUAGCUGUCCCAUAUGCAUUUAAACCAUUUGGCGUUAUACCAGGCAUGUUGAUCUUAUUAGUCUGUAGCUCAACUGCUAUAUUAGGUUUAUUAUUACAAGUGAAAGUCACUAAAUACACUCCGGUAGGAGAAAAGCAUUCAUUUUUUGAACUAGCUUCAAAGAUUCAUCCAAGAUUAGCCGUGCUAUUUGAUAUUGCUAUUGCUAUUAAAUGUUUUGGGGUAGCAACUUCAUAUUUGAUUGCUGUAGGUGACUUGUUACCAACACUAUUACAUUCUUCUAAUAGAUUCCUUCUAAUUACCUUGGUUUGGGGGUUUAUUAUUGCACCAUUAAGCUUCCUCAAGAAAAUAACAGCUCUACGUUAUACCUCAUUUCUAGCAGUGGUCUCAGUAAUUUAUUUAUCUAUUUUGGUCACCUUUCAUUAUGCAGAUCCUUCACAAGAAAUUAUUGAUUUACGUGGUAACGUAUCUUUGUUUUUCCCAGGAGAAGAUCAGCAUAAUUCUGUGUCACCUUUUAAAACAUUACCUAUAUUCGUGUUUGCUUAUACUUGCCAUCAUAACAUGUUUGCUGUGCUUAAUGAACAAUCUACAAAUGAAUUUUCAAAAUUAAAAUAUAUACCAUUAACUGCUAUUUCUAUUGCAUGCAUUAUGUAUUUAAUAGUGGGGACUUUUGGUUACGUGACCUUUGGCUCUAAUAUUACAAGUAAUAUAGUAGCUCAAUAUCCAACAAAUUCAAUUGCCACUAUUCUGGGCCAAACUGCCAUGUUAACAGUGGUUACUUUGGCUUUCCCACUACAAUGUCAGCCAGCCAGAGCUUCUUUCAUAAACAUAAUUAACGCAUUUUUCCCACGCUUCAAAUAUACCCCACCCCCUUUACAAGAUGAAGAAUCAAUGUACAUCUCUUCAACAGCAGAUUCUAUUAAUAAUAAUAAUAAUCAAAAUUCAACACCAUCUACCCCUAGAGAAUCUACGCCAAAUGAAACAACUCCAAUUGAAGCUCGUUCAAAACUUCCAUUUGCACAAGAACCAACACAAUUUCAGCAUAUACUCCUAACAACAAUCAUACUAUUAGGAUCUUGGUUAAUUGCAAUUUCUGUAAAAUCCUUGGCCCAUGUUUUAGCCAUUGUCGGUGCUACAGGUUCAACUUCAAUUUCUUUUAUCUUACCUGGAUUAUUUGGUGCUAUUUUAAUUUCAAGAGAUAACUCUUUUGAAGGAAACAAAAAAUUAUGGGUACUCUUAGGUAGAGGAUUAUUAUUUUGGGGCUGUUCUGUGGUGGUUGUCUCACUAUAUGCAGCAUUAUUUAUGUAA